AUGUCAGACGCGCAGCGGACAGAACUCAACGCGUUCCUCGCAUUCCUAGCGACCUUUGACCUGGCGAGGCCUGUGGCUGCUACCUCAGACCUCUCAGACGGCGCCGCCCUCUUUGAGGUCCUCUCUCUCGUCGAUGGAGACUACUUCCGGCAACCGAACCGGCCGUCGGCGCAGCCCUCGGAGAACUGGGUGCUCCGAUUCAGCUCGCUGAAACGGCUGUACAGGCUCAUGACGCAGUACUUCUCCGACGUGCUGCACCAGCCGACGGGUGCGCUGGACGUGCCCGACCUGCAAGCGAUCGCGCAGGACAGCAACCCCUCCGCACUCCUCGUCAUGUGCCGCCUGACGAUCGCAAUCGCGGUGCAGUGCGAGAACAACAAGGAUAUCAUCGAGCGAAUACAGAGGCUGUCGGAUACGGAGCAGCAUGCGCUCAUGAAGGCGAUUGAGCAGGUCAUGGCAAAAGUGAAAUCGUCUGGCCAAGCGCAGACUGGCGAGACAAGCAUGACGGAAGACGAUCACUAUUACCAGAUUCAGUCGGAGCGGAGGAGAGUACUGUCCGAGAAGGAGACCCUCGAGCAGGUCUAUCAGACACUGUUGUCGGAACACCGCACGCUACAGACCAAUUUCGACGAUAUCGUGCAGGAGAAAGAGGAUGCACUGGCGCAGGUCCGCCAGGCGCAACGAGACGCUGAGGAUCGGAGGGUCGACAGCCGCGGAGACGCGAUGCUCCGCGCUGAGAUAGACCGACUGAGGGGUGAACUCCAGAAGAGUGAAGAUAAUCUCGCGAUGGCUGAGGCAGAACUCGAUAAGCAGACUGGGCUGGUAAGCGAUCUGAAGAAGAGAGUAGAUGAGCUUCAGUCUAAGGCGGACGAAGCCGCGCGUCUCAAGGAUCAGCUUGACGAGUACCGGCACACAGCGGACAGGUUACAAAAGACGGAGAAUGUUAUGGAGAAGUACAAGAGGAAGCUGCAGGAAGGAGCCGACCUGAGACAACAAGUCCGAGCUCUAGAGAAACAGAACGCGGACCUCGUCGACAAAAACGCGUCUCUGGAAGAGGAAUACCGAAAAGUAGCCGCUUUCAAACCUCUCAUGGAGUCGUACAGGACACAGAUAGCCGAACUUGAAAGCAAAUCCUCGGCGCGCAGCAAGGAGGUCGACACCGUGCGGUUCGAGCUAGACCAGACAAAGGCGAAGCUCAAACUAACGCAGGAGGAGCGCCAACGAGACAACGAAACUCUGGAGCUGUACCAAGAGCGCGUGCGCGAGCUCGAGCUGCUCUCGCAUCGCCCAGUUGCUUCUACACCACGCCCACGCCCCUCUGCUACUUCUGCGACAGCAGCAGACGGCGACGAGCCUGCACGCAACACGGACGAGAUGACACUGGACGAGCUCAACGCAGACGCAUCCUCGCGUUCCGACGACAUGGAUGACGUCGAACAGGUUCAGGGUCUCGGUGACGAGCUGGAUGCAGCACUCGCAGGCACGACGAUGACGGAUCUCAAAAUACAGAUACGCAAGUUGGAGCGCGAGCUUGAGGCCGUCAAGAAGCAGGAAGCAGACGCGAGCAGGGUGCUCGUGCUCGAGAACUUGCUCGAGGACGCGACGAGGAUGAAGACGCGGUACGAGCAGGAUUAUCUUGCUACGCACCGGGAGAAGCUUCAGCUGCAGAAUGAUCUGGAAGAGAUCAGGAGCGGGAAGGCUCUAGGAGAUGGUCCUGAGGCCGCCAUCGCGUUGCGUCAACGGCUAAAUGAGACCGUCGAGCAGCUCGACGUUUUGCGCAAAGAGCACGCUGAGCUAGAGGUCAAGUUCCAAGCUCAAAGCAAAGAGCUCACAAUCGCCAAGUCUGACCUCAACCUCGUCCACAAGGACCAGCUCGAAAUCCUAGCUUCGCUUCGCGAGUCCGUUAACGAGGACAAGGCUGGGCUGGAAACAGAAGUGCAGAAACUGCACGACCAGAUCCGGGAGCUCUCGGAAAAGAGCAAGAUGCAACUCGAGCAAAUCAACGCCUUGCUGAUGGAGAAGGUGAACCUGCAGAGCGAGGGCCUCGACCAGCGAGACCGUAUGCUCCAACGCGAGCGCGAUAUCAGCAACUUGCGGGCGUCGCUGUCCGGGAAAGACAUUCCGGAAGACGUCAAGCAGCGCCUGCUCAAGAUGCACGAGGACCAAAUACAGAUGCAGGAGCAAUACAAGACUGUGCAGGAGAAGCUCAACAAGGCGAGACAGUUUAUCAAACAACAGGACAAGCUCUUCAAAGAGGAGCAGGCGAAGAAGGGGGCUGUUUCGGUGGGCUGUUUCCGCUUGAUUCUGCGCACACUCUCUAAUCGCGAUGAACAGGGCGUCUACGGCGAGAGCGGAGAAGACUCCGCGAAGGUUAAGAUCCUGGAGGAGGAGAUUGCUCGCAAAGAGAGGUUAAUGGCCGAGAUGACGAAACGAUAUCAGCGCGAGCAAGCGUUGAUGCUCAGCAUCAUACACAGUCACGGUAUGGAUGUGGCGCGAGGCCACCUCGCGAAGCAGCAGCGUACAGGACCCACAAGUUGGCUCGGCCAACAACGGAGAAACGUGAGCGUUCUGACACCAUAUCCGACGUGA